GUAAUACCUGCACAAAUAAUAUCAUGCAAUACAUUUUAUCGUCAAUGAUAUCGCGUUAGGUUUACGAGGAGCUCCGUUUCCGCCAAUUCUUAUCGUGCUCACGCAUAAUGACGUGAAACGUCUCGGCGAAACAUCUCGAUUAUAAUCUGACGGUGAUAAAACGUGGUAUCCGUAAUUAUAGUUCGUCGCAACGAAUCAACAUUAGGUCAUUAAACAUGCCAGAAUUAACGGAACUUGAUAAGGCAGCCAGCUCGGAACCUACCAAGGUGGAAUUGGUAGGUAUUGGUUCUGCGACCGACUCUGACUCAGAUGACACUAUACCAGAAUUAGAAGAUGCUGGUACUCCUGGUACUGUCGGCUUCCCUGGUACAACAGUUACUGGACUCCCGAUUGAUAUGGUAUCCAAAGCUAAACAGAGUCGUGGUGAAAAAAAGGCCAGGAAACUCAUGAGCAAAUUGGGAUUGAAGCCGGUGCAAGGAGUCAACAGAGUGACUAUCCGUAAAUCAAAGAAUAUUUUAUUUGUUAUAAACAAGCCAGAUGUUUUAAAGAAUCCAGCCUCAGAUACAUAUAUAGUAUUUGGUGAAGCCAAGAUUGAAGAUCUUAGCCAACAAGCUCAAGUAGCAGCAGCUGAGAAAUUCAAAGAACCACCAGUUAUACCAGCCACUGAAGCUGGUGGCAGCACUACAGUUGUUGCUCCUAUACAAGAAGAAUCUGAAGAAGAGGUGGAUGAAACAGGUGUCGAAGAGAAGGAUGUUGAUUUGGUUAUGUGUCAAGCUAAUGUAUCGCGAGGGAAAGCUAUUAAAGCUCUUAAGAAUAAUCAAAAUGACAUCGUCAAUGCUAUUAUGGAAUUGACAAUGUGAUAGAGCUGCUUAUAAGUAGAAUGUGCUAUGGAUUAACCAGUGUUCCAAGAUCAUAAUUUCAUUAAAUGUACAUCAUAAAUAAAGAAGCAUAAUUCUUUUUUAUUUCAUUGAAUUGAGAGGAUAAGCCAAGUUUUGUGACAAAAUUGGUUAUAUCGAUAAUUUACAACCAUUUCAAAAAAUUGAAUCCACAUGUAUAUACAAAA